GUCUUUCUCUCUUGUUUACAGUGGAGCCUUAUAUAUGCCACCUCCUGUAUGCCCACCUCGUUAAAAUCAAAGGGAUUCACUUCUAGGUGUGCAUCCUGAACAGAAAGGAGAAUGUCGUGGAUACGAGAGGGAGAACUGUCCCUCUUGGAGAGAUUCUGUGCCGGUAUCAUCAAGGCAGGGCCAAUGCCUAAACACAUUGCAUUCAUCAUGGAUGGCAAUCGCCGUUAUGCCCAGAAACAUAAGGUGAAGAAACUGGAAGGGCAUUCACAGGGAUUUGCAAAACUUGCACAGACAUUGCAGUGGUGCCUGAGUCUGGGCGUUCGUGAAGUCACAGUUUAUGCCUUUAGUAUUGAAAAUUUCAAGCGACCCCGAGAAGAAGUGGAUGGCCUGAUGCAAUUGGCAAGAGAAAAGUUCACUCGUCUUCUAGAAGAACAAGAAAACUUAGAAAAGCAUGGGGUGUGUGUCCGAAUCCUUGGAGACCUACCUCUGCUGCCACGAGAUAUCCAGGAGCUGAUUGCCAAGGUUGUGCUGGCAACAAAACAGUACAAUACGUGUUUCUUGAAUAUUGCCUUUGCAUAUACAUCGAGAGAAGAAAUCAGCAAUGCGGUUAAAGAGCUGGCUUGGGGUGUCGAGGAAGGGCUGCUUCAACCCAGUGAUGUGUCAGAAUCGCUAAUCGACAAAUGCCUGUACAGCUCCAAAUCGCCUCAUCCAGACAUCCUGAUCAGAACCUCCGGAGAGGUCCGGCUUAGUGAUUUCAUGCUCUGGCAGACAUCCCAUUCUUGCCUGGUGUUCCAGCCUGUGUUGUGGCCAGAAUACUCUUUCUGGAAUUUAUGGGAAGCUAUCCUUCAGUUCCAGAUGAAUUACAGUGCUUUGCAGAAAGCCAGGGAUUUAUACCUGGAGGAGAGGAAGUGGCAGCAGAUGGAAACCGACAAGGCCUGCAUCUUGGAGAAGCUGAAGGAGGAAGGGUCUGCAUCCUGUGCGGACGCUCAGAGACGGAGGACACUCUUGCAGGAAUUAAGGGCCAACCGGGAAGAGAGAGUCCAGGGUUUUUUGGAAGCGCUGGAAAACAAAAGAAUGGACUUCCUAGAAAAAUUGACAGUGGCAUCUGUGUGACGAGAAGAACUCGUAGUGCCUGAAAUGGGGGCAGAAAGGUGACGGGGAGGGAAAACAUGAGCCGAGACACAAAAAGUCCAGCUGCUACACAGAAGUGUUCAUUUAAAUAAUGAAAGCAUAAGUUUGGGUGUAUAUGUUUUUUGCAAACAUAUGCAAGACUUUACCUCAGGUUUGGUAAAAGUGCAGUCCUCCAAUUGUUGCAUGACUACAACUCCCAUCAUCCUUGAGCAUUGACCAUGCUGGCUGGGGUUGAUGUGAGCUGGAAUACAAUGACAUGUACUUUACUUCUGUAUUGUUUCCAGUUCUGAUUCACUGUGCAGUUUGGGAACCUAUUGGCCAAAGGAGAUUUAUCUUAUCGCACUUGGCUAUGGUUUAAAGAUAGCUGGAGAAAGGAGAAUUUGUUGUGAGUUCUGUUAAUAAAUAAAUGGAGUUGGUACGCACGUGGGAAGAAUUGUGCAUGCAGUAGGGAUUUUCUUCCAUUUCCCAAAAUACUAACAUUUUUAUAUUGCAAAUCAAGAGGCAAUAAAAUCCAAAUCAUCCGU